AUGGAGAUACAAGCAAUUACUAACGGCAGUUUAGUUCAUAAACAGGUGUUCAAGGGCCAUCCUGGAGACACCAGCGGUGCGACGUCUGUCUCGUCCCCAAGCCUGGAAGAAGACCCCAUAACGAUAAGUUAUCCGGCAACUGAAGUAGUUGGCCACGGCUCCUUUGGGGUUGUCUUCACGACGCAGGUUCGGGAAACUGGCGACCGUGUGGCUAUCAAGAAGGUCCUUCAAGAUCGCCGCUUCAAAAAUCGAGAACUAGAGAUAAUGAAGCAGCUAAAGCACCCGCAAGUUGUGGACUUGAAAUACUAUUUUUAUGAAACAGACCCUCAAGGCGAAGUCUAUUUAAACUUAAUUCUCGAGUUUAUGCCGCAGUCCCUGUAUCAGCGCCUGCGUCAUUUCGUCACACAGCGUACAAACAUGCCCCGUAUCGAAAUCAAGCUCUACAUCUACCAAUUGGCGAAGUGUCUUAACUAUCUCCACACACAUGCCAAGGUAUGUCAUCGGGAUAUUAAGCCACAAAACUUACUAGUAGAUCCGGAGACAUAUGCCUUGAAACUUUGUGAUUUUGGAAGUGCUAAGCAGCUGAAACCUUCCGAGCCCAACGUUUCGUAUAUCUGUUCACGUUACUACAGAGCCCCCGAGUUAAUUUUCGGUGCUACUAAUUACACAGUCCAGAUCGAUAUUUGGUCGAGUGGGUGUGUGAUGGCUGAGUUGAUCUUGGGCCAACCCAUGUUUCCUGGCGAAAGUGGGAUCGACCAACUCGUCGAGAUCAUAAAAAUUUUAGGAACACCUACGAAACAGGAAAUAUGCUCUAUGAACUCCAACUACAUGGAGCACAAAUUCCCCCAAAUACGACCAAUCCCCCUUGCGAAGGUGUUCAAACGUGAGGAUGAGCAGACCAUCCAAUUUUUGUCCGAUGUGUUACGCUACGAUCCUAUGGAAAGAUUCACCGCAUUGCAAUGUUUAUGUUCUCCAUAUUUCGACGAACUUCGCCAAGCCGAAGGCCAAGAUGAAGAGUUGAGAGCCGUGGUGCAAAAUCUCAAACUCACAGAUUUUAGCGACCAGUUGGAACUAGAAUCUCUGACAAUCGAGGAGACCGAGAAAGUCAGACAGCGUCUUCUCUCGUGA